AUGUGGAGUCUACAGCGUAUCCUUUAUGAAAGGAAGACGCAACGCUUUGUAGACAAUAUGAUCCACAAGUACUCGAACAUUCGACUGUCUGAAAACACGAAAGCGAUAGCACGAAAGCGACGACGAAUUGAAGCAACUGGCGCACGUGAACACAAGAUCAAACAGGGUCCGUAUUACGGCAACCAUGGCGAACGCUCGACUUCGUCAUGUUGUCAAACAGAGUCAGCACGCAGCUUGAGGUUGUCGGUGAAAGUGUUUGGCUUUGAGCAGAGUCAAUUGGAGAAACGACACAAACAGCAGCAGCCGCACCAGGACGAAACACAUUUCUAUCACUGGAGGAUGUCGGAGACCCUGACCGAAUCAGAGUAUGGCUCUGGUAUGUCAACAUCAAGGCUAAUAAGACUAGUGGAAGAAGAGGAAGACGACAACAAUACUUGCCUCCUUGCAUCUCCGCGUACGCCAGCUUUUGACUCGGUGGUGGCAACAUCGCAAGCCGUAGAUACAAACGAACGAGGCUAUUCCAACUCUUCUUCAGUAUGCAUUGAAUUAACCACCACAUGUAUGACGAACCAAUUGGAGCUAUCAGGAUGCCCAUCUGUGUCUCUUUCCGUAGCUGAAGAGUCUGGAUCAACAUCAUCGUCAUCAUCACCGACGAUAUCGACGACGGAAGCUUUGCUUCCAAGACUACGACCCACAGCUCCUGUUCAUUGCGUGGUACCCAAUUGCUGUGAUUUUUUCACAUCACCUCAUCCUCAUUAUCCAAAAGAAGUGAUUGGAAUGGCAAAAAGUGACGAAUCUUUGCACAGUAUUCCCAUACCAACGAAUUCUACUACCACGUCAGCAGCCACUAUCAUUACCCAAGGUACUGAGAAUGAAAGAGGUAGUGAUCAAGAACGAGGUGCUGAGUACGCGAAUGACUCUAACGUGGCUCAAAAUAGCGAUGAAUUUGAAAUGUGGGACUAUGUCUGCCCACAAUACGCUCGUCGGAAUUGUGCAAAUGAAUGGGUCUAG